AUGUCAUCAACUUUGAUGAAAUUGACAAUCAAUGUCUUGAAUUUUGCUGAUUGUCGUUGUGUGGUUGAUGGGCGUUUUUCAUGUUUAUCAACAUUAAUUAUUAACGUUGAAAAUGUUGUGGACCCAAUGGGAGAUAUAGCUGAAACAAAAAAACUUCCCAAAUUGAAAUCUUUCUCAUUCACGUCAUUUUAUCUGACAUUUAAUUAUGAUACUUUGAUUGUUCCAUUACUUUGUCAAAUGAUAAAUCUUGAAGAAUUAAAAUUAUAUCUAGAUGUAGGAAGAUUUAAUUCGACUUUUAUCGAUGGUAUUCAAUUAUAUGAUCAAUUUCUUAUUCAUAUGACACAAUUAAAAAAAUUUACAUUUUAUAUCAACACAACCGUCUUCAAAAAUAAAAAUAACACUAGAGUUGAACUUCCGUCAAAUGAAGAUAUUCAACAUAGUUUCAUCGGAAGAGGUUAUCAACAAGUAGCUUGAUCAACAACGCGUUAUCGUUCAAAUGCUCCUUUUGAUGACACAACAACCAGUAAAACAGAUUAUAAACCUUGGACAAUACAACCAAUUCAAACACAUAGACUUGAUGAAUAUCGAGCAAAUACUGAUGACAUGGAUUUAAAUACAAUUGAUAUGUCUAGUUUAUAUAAAUGA